AAGUGUAAGGGUGAGGACAGGUCCUCCAGAGACAAGGUCCCUCUGCUCCAGGACACAGUAGGACUAUACAGCAGGCACCAUGCCCCAUAACAGCAUCAGAUCCGAGCUCAUCACAGAGAGAGGCUGCACAGGACUCGCCAGCUCACUGCAUAUAGGUCAUGGUGGACUAAACCAACUAGGUGGAGCUUUUGUAAAUGGUCGCCCUCUUCCUGAGGUGGUGAGGCAGCGUAUCGUAGAUCUAGCGCACCAAGGUGUACGUCCAUGUGACAUCUCUCGGCAGCUGAGGGUCAGUCACGGGUGUGUGAGCAAGAUCCUGGGCAGUAGGUACUAUGAAACAGGCAGUAUCAGACCAGGGGUCAUCGGUGGUUCCAAGCCUAAAGUUGCCACCCCCAAAGUGGUGGAGAAGAUUGGAGAUUACAAAAGACAAAAUCCCACCAUGUUUGCCUGGGAGAUCAGGGACCGGCUGUUGGCAGAAGGCGUUUGUGACAAUGACACCGUGCCCAGUGUCAGCUCCAUCAACAGAAUAAUCCGUACAAAGGUCCAGCAGUUAUUUAAUCUGCCCAUGGAGGGCUGCGUGAAGUCAUUAAGCCCUGGACAUACUCUGAUUCCAAGCUCAGCAGUGACACCUCCUGAGUCUCCCCACUCGGACUCCCUCGGAUCCACUUACUCCAUCAGUGGUCUGUUAGGGAUCUCUCAGCCAAAUACAGAUAGUAAACGCAAACUGGACGACAGUGAUCAAGACAGCUGUAGACUCAGCAUAGACUCUCAUGGCAGUGCUGGCCUGAGCCGGAAACACAUGCGGACAGAAGCUUAUAUUCAGCACCCGCUCGAUGGACUAGAGUGCCCAUUCCAGAGGCAACACUUUCCCGAAUCGUAUCCCUCAGCCAGUCACAGCAAAGCCGAGCAAGCUCUGUAUCCACUACCCCUGCUAAACAAUGCCAUGGACGACGGGAAAUCUGCUCUGACUGCUUCCAAUGCGGCUCUGGCUAGAAAUCUCUCCGCACAUCAGGGGUACUCUGCUCUGUCAGAACUCUCAUCAUUCACCAUUAAACAAGAGAUAUCAGAUAGCUCCAGUGCUAGCUCCACCCCGCCAUCGCUAUAUAGUCCCACCUUCCUGGACCUGCAGCCCAUCGGGUCAGCGGUUGCUGCUCCGACUUUCAGUGCAUUUUCCCAUGCUGCCUCUGUGUAUGGACAGUUCACCAGUCAGACAGUCGCAGGACGCGAUGUUGUAGGAUCCACAUUGCCAGGUUACCCUCCGCACAUACCCAGUGGGCAAGGAAACUAUGCCUCAUCUGCAAUUGCUGGAAUGGUCGCGGCAGGAAGCGAUUACUCCGGUAAUACUUAUAGCCAUGGGGCCUACGCAGCAUAUGGAGACAGUUGGCGGUUCCCCGGCUCCAGCCUACUAAGUUCUCCCUACUACUACAGCUCUACCGCAAGAACCGCACCACCCCCAACAACCGCUGGGGCGUAUGACCUCCUGUAGUGUCCAUAGAUGCCACUCUUGUAGCACCUUCAACAUAGGCAGGCUUCUCGAGAGCAGCCUGGUACUUAAUCAUGACAGUGAAACCAACGCAUUUCAAGCCAACAACAUGGACUUUAUCUUCUGAUGUAUAACUACUACUUUGGAGCAAAGCAGGGAAGACAAGUGUGAUUGCAUACGUUUGGUACAAGGUCUUUCACGUUAUAAAAUAGACAUACAGUAGCUACGCUGGCUAAAUGACCAUACAAAUGAUCCAGAUAUACAGGAAAUGUCACAAUGUCAGUGUGUAUGCCAUAGACCGAUGCUUCAAUAACACAGCAUUACAGCCUAUGUUCACCACUAAGCACCAUGUUAGAGUAUAUAAAGUUACAAUCUACAUUUGUGUCACAUAUUUCAUGCUGAUCCUAAGUUAUAUUCUGUUUUAUAGUCCAGAGCUGAAUUCACAAUUCUGCUAGUUGCUAUUGAAAUCAGUCAACAGAUUGUCAACUAGCAAGCCACUUACAGCUUGGCUUGGCUUCUGUGGUGGCUUAUCUCCCUUGAGAAUAAAAGGACUUAACAAGCUGAAAUUCAAAAUGCUGGACCAGUCUUUCCCUUAGGCCUCUUUCACACGGUCAGUAUUUAGCAUCAGUAUUUGAUUAAUUGUAAGCCAAAUCCAGGAGUUGGGUCGAAAGCAGAGAUAAAAUAUCAUGGAAAUAAUUUGUACCU